CUGGGUCCCCGGAAAAUCGCACACCAUCAACCGACUGCACCACAUAUGAUAUCGACCGUUCAGCGACAGAAUGAACUCAUCUGUAGGAAAAUCCAGAGUCAAAUUGAACUUCGACAUCAGAGGAAGCGCAUUCUGAUCAGUCUUGCAACUUGUUUUAUGAGCUCCAUCGACACCCAAUAAUCCUACACUUACAGAUAGAAGCACCAUCACGAGCCAUGUCCGAUCGUCACAUCUUCACCUCCUCAGAGGGACUCGUUGAUAAGUCUCUCAGAGGUUUCAUCUCAUACAACCCUUCCCUUGGUCUGGAUCAGUCAAACCGUGUGGUCUUUGACUCAACAUACGACAAGUCCAAAAUCAGCAUCAUUUCUGGCGGUGGCUCCGGUCACGAGCCCGCCUGGGCAGGUUAUGUCGGCAACAACAUGUUGGCGGCUUCCGUGUCCGGAGAUAUCUUUGCCAGCCCGUCCGCGAAGCAAAUUCAGUCUGCCAUUGAGCGUGUGCCUUCAGCCGUCGGCACUAUCCUCGUCAUCACAAACUACACCGGCGACUGCCUUCACUUUGGCCUCGCUGCCGAAAAGGCACGGAGUCGCGGGCACAACUGCCGCAUGAUCAUCUGCGGCGACGAUGUGUCUGUUGGAAAGGCUGGCGGUAGCUUGGUGGGACGCAGAGGUCUUGCCGGGCAGAUUGGUGUUCUCAAAGUCAUUAGCGGAGCGGCUGGCGUCAAGGCCGGCACUCUCGACGACAUCCAUCAGCUCGGUGUUUCUGUCGAGUCCGAGAUUGUGUCCAUCGCGGCCACCAUGGAUCACUGCCACGUGCCAGGGCGCACAGAGCACGCUCGUCUGGGCGCUGACGAGGUGGAGGUUGGCACUGGGCCUCACAAUGAGCCUGGAUAUAGCAAGGUCUCGCCUGCGCCGUCUGCAGAGGGUCUGAUUGAUGAGCUGCUGCGGUACUGCUUGGACCAAGAGGAUCACGACCGGGCGUAUGUCAAGUUCAAAAACGACGACGAGACAAUCCUUCUCGUCAGCAACUUUGGAGGCAUCUCCUACCUGGAAAUGGGCGCUUUGGUCGACGAGCUCCUUGAGCAGCUUGACGCAAAGUGGAACAUUAAGCCAGCGAGAGUGUACUCCGGUCCUCUCGAAACCUCUCUCAACGCACCUGCAUUCUCAAUUUCCCUGAUGAACAUCACAGCGGCAUCGAAGAAAUGCAGCUUCUCAGCAGAGCAAAUCUUCCAAUUCGCUGACCUCAAGACCAACACGCACUGGGAGUCGAUGGCCGGCGCUCAAGCUGUCCGCCGUGACAGGAAACUCCAAUUUGUACAGUCGCCUCCCGAGGAGCCAAAGAAGAUCGAAGCAGACCGCGACGUCAGGAUGGACCCGGCAACGCUCAAGUCUAUGCUAAACAAGGCUUGCCUGGCGGUUAUCGAAGCCGAGCCCGACUUGACAAAGUGGGACAUGGUGAUGGGUGACGGCGACUGCGGUGAGACACUCAAGACGGGCGCGUCGCAUCUUCUUGAUGCUCUAGACAACAAGUACAUCGCAGCGGAAGGAUCGAUCGUCUCAGUUCUUCACGAGCUAGAGGAUAUUGUUGAGAGCAAGAUGGGUGGCACGCUUGGGGGUAUCCUCGGUAUCUUCUUCGUUUCGCUUAGCAACUCUGUAGAAGAGAAUGCGUCGCUGGCAAAGUCGCAAGGUAUCUUGCCUCUGUGGACACUGGCGCUCACAUCUGCUCUGGAACACCUGAGCCACUAUACACCCGCUAAGAUCGGAGACCGGACGAUCUUGGACACGCUGAUCCCCUUUGUCGAUGCGAUUCGCAACAAGGGCUUCGAGGGAGCGGUCGAGGCAGCGGUCGAGGGGGCCGAGUACACCAGAAAGACCAAGGCGAAGCUAGGUCGCGCUACAUAUGUUGCGGCAUCUGGAAAGGAUACGUCGUUCCACCCUGACCCUGGUGCCUGGGGUGCGAUGGUUGCAAUCAAGGGCUUGCAAUCCGGCAUGGCUUGAGUAGCUCGAGCUCAUAUGGCUGCUCUUUCAUUUUCCUACAUAAUUUAGCGUUAGAUUUGAAUUUACUGAAAUCACUCAACUCCAAA